CAUCCUCACAGCAGUCUUUCUGUGCGUCUGUGUGUCCAGACCUCCAGCUGAAGGCUGACGAGUUGAACCAGACUCUCUCGCGGAGAGAUGGAACUCCAGACAAAAGCCUGAAGGAGAUGAAGGAGGAGAUCCAGGCUAUGCUAGCCGAGAUGAGAAAACGACAGCUGGGAGGGAAGAAAAGCAUUGCUGAGGAGGAGAUGGACCUAGCAGAGGAGUUGUUUCAGAAAGUGAAAAGGUUAUUUGGCGACCCUCAUCAGGCUACAGAAGACCUGAAAGCAGAGAUAAAAGAGAAGCUCUCAGACCAUGAGGAGAAGCUCCAGGAGGCCCAGGAUCUACUCCGGGAGGCCCAGGAAAAGAUGAGGCAGACUGGCUCACUGGCUGAACAAAACCAAGCUAACCUCACAGCCCUGGAGAGGAAGCGCUCUGCAGUAAGCGGAGUGAAACAGGAAGCACAGGAUGUCCUAGGCGAAGGAGAACAUCUCCUGGAUGAGGCAAACCAGCUAUUUGUCAACAUCAACAAGGAGAUAGAGGACUUGGAGGAGAUGCAAAGAGAUCUGGGCCCUCUUCAUGACUCGCUGGAUAAUAAAGUCAGUCGCCUCACCGAUGGUUUAAGUGAUGGCCGUCUGGCUAAUAAGGUGCACGAUGCAGAGGAACACGCUAAGCAGUUGAAUGAUUCUGCUGCCAUUUUGGAUGGCAUUUUGGCUGAAGCUAAAAAUCUGUCCUUCAAUGCAACAGCUGCCUUCAAGGCCUACAGCAAUAUUAAAACAAAUGUCGAUGCAGCGGAGAAAGAGGCAAAGGCAGCUAAACAGAGGGCAAGUGAGGCAAUGGCUCUGGCUUUAGGUCCUGAGUUCCCAGUAAAGGAAGCAGCUCAAGGUGCCCUUCAGAAGAGUCACAAACUGCUAAACCAAGCCAAACAACUUCAAAAUGAUGUGAAAGAGAAUGCAGAUAGUGUGGCCGGACUGAAGAGCAGAGUUAAAGCUGCCAGAGACAAAACCAAAGACCUGCUGAAAGCUGUCAACGGAACCAUGGCAACGCUCAACGCUAUCCCCAAUGACACAGCAGCCAAGCUAGCAGCCACAAAGGCUGUAGCAUCAGAUGCUAACGCCACAGCCAUAGACGUCCUGGAGCGCCUCGGGGAUUUGAACCUGCGACUCCAUGGCCUACAGACAAACUACAGCGAACUGGAGGACACUGUCAGUGCAGCCAAUCAGAUGAUCCAGGACCCAGAGAAAAACACCAUCAUCCACGCUGCAGGAGCUAAAGUGAAGGAUUUAGAGGAUGAAGCUGACAGGCUGUUGGAGAAGCUGCAGCCAAUCAAAAAGCUGCAGGACAAUUUGAGGCGAAACAUAUCACACAUCAAGGAACUGAUCAACCAAGCCAGGAAGCAAGCUAACUCAAUCAAAGUAUCAGUGUCAUCAGGUGGUGACUGUCUUCGUAGUUACCGCCCCGAUAUCAGGAAAGGGAGGUACAACACCAUCGUCCUUCAUGUUAAAACCACCAUACCUGAUAACCUGCUCUUCUAUCUGGGAUCAGCUAAAUAUGUUGAUUUCCUGGCCUUGGAGAUGCGUAAGGGGAAGGUAAAUUUCCUUUGGGAUGUAGGUUCAGGUGUUGGGAGGGUUGAAUAUCCCCAUCACACCAUCCAUGAUGGGAACUGGCACAGAAUAGAGGCGUCUCG